CUUAACAAGGCAAAUGCCUCCGCCACGAAGAUGAUCAUUACGAAGCAAUGUUAUGUCGAUAAACUUAUAAACUUGCAAAACGACGGCGUUUUGAUAGUUUGCGUGGAUGAUGAAAACGGCACCGUUUCGUUAGCUGACGGUUGCGUUAGUUUCACGGAACUAACUCAAGCGGAUGAAACAGAGCUUAGUAAACCGGAGAUCUCGCCGGAUGACACGGUUGCGAUCCCGUACUCCUCCGGGACCACGGGGCUUCCAAAGGGCGUAAUGAUCACCCACAAGGGCUUAGUUACGAGCAUCGCUCAGAAAGUCGACGGAGAAAACCCUAACCUCAACUUCACCGGAGAUGACGUCAUCAUCUGUUUUCUUCCGAUGUUUCAUACUUACGCGUUCAACGCGUUGAUUCUUUCGGCGAUGAGGACGGGUGCGGCGGUCUUGAUCGUGCCGAGGUUCGAGUUGAAUCUGGUGAUGGAGCUGAUUCAGAGGUACAAAGUCACGGUGGUUCCGGUGGCUCCUCCGGUGGUUUUGGCGUUUGUUAAGUCUCAAGAAACUGAGAGAUAUGACCUGAGUUCCGUGAGGAUGAUGAUUUCAGGCGCGGCUACGCUUAGGAAGGAGCUUGAAGAAGCCGUGCUCCUCAAGUUUCCCAAUGCCAUAUUUGGUCAGGUUAGAUUGGGUUACUUUCUUUACAAGUUAAGUUCCUCACUUUCACGGAAAUUUAGUUACUUUCUUUACAAGUUAAAGUGCAAGAAAUAGGAAUAUGAUACUGAAUAAAGUUAGCGGUGAGUAAAUUUACUAGAAAAAAAUGGAUUUGAUUGGAUUAUUUAUAAUUCGUUUUUGUACGUAGGACUUACCGUGGCAUUUGUUGUCAUCUUAUUAUAGUCAACUAAGCAGGAAUAGUUAGCACGAAAUUAUAGUCAAGUGGAGUUUUUAUGUAUAGAUACUCCAACAAUGAGUGUGGUUGCCAGGUUGGUUUGUGAAGAUUUUAUUCUGAUUGUCUUGUUGGUUUGAUAUAAUAUUUGUAUAAAGAUAUUCAUGAACUGUGAAUUGUUUGAUUUAAAAGAAAAGUUUAUUUAAA